GAGAGAAAGAUAGAGGGAAUAGGAGAGAGGGAGAGCGAGAAGGAAAGAGAUUAAAGAAAGAAAGAAAGAGAUCGGAUACUAACUUCUAACAUGCUGCCGGGUCUGGAACGGCUCAAGCAACUGCUGAGGAACGUCAUGGGUUCGACAACGGUGCCAACCCGCACGGACGCGUUCCAGAUUUACACGGAUUCUGAUCUCUUGACACGAACUAGCUGGUCAAAUGCCAAAGUGGGUUUAUCGGAGAUCGAGAAGGGCAGGGCAGAUGGUAACAACCCAGCGCUAUGGGUGCGCAUGCACAUGCAGCGACAUCUAUACCAGCUUGGAUGUUUCAUACAUCAGCACGCAGGCAAAGUGUUAUUUGUGGGACUACUUUUACUGUCGACAUUCUGCGUAGGACUCAAGUCCGCACGAAUGGAGACAGACAUCAAUUCACUAUGGGUAGAAG